UAAAACUGUGAUAAUCCGGCCGAGUGGGUGAACCAUCCAGUACCACGAUUAGAUUGCUGAAGAAAUGGGCGGUGCACGGAACCUUUUGUUGCUCUCCUCGUCGCGUUUGCACGGCCAUGGAUAUUUGGAGCACGCCCGCGGCCAACUGGAGGAUCUCUUCAAGGGGGCCAAUGUGAAGACGGUGCUCUUCGUUCCAUAUGCUCUGCGGGAUCACGACAAGUACACGGCCACGGUGCGGGAGGCCCUGAAACCCUGGGGCUACAACGUAGAGGGACUGCACACGAAGGCGGAUCGCGAGAAGGCGCUCAAGGAGGCGCAGGCCAUCUUCGUGGGCGGCGGCAACACCUUCGUCCUGCUGCGCACGCUCUACGAGAUGAAGCUGCUCGAUCCGAUCCGGGAACUGGUCCUCCAGCAGGGAUUACCCUACGUGGGCAGCAGUGCGGGCACGAAUGUGGCCACCCGAUCGAUCCACACCACCAACGAUAUGCCGGUCGCCUAUCCGCCGAGUUUCGAGGCACUGGCCCUCGUCCCUUUUAAUAUUAAUCCGCAUUAUCUGGAUCCCGAGGUGGGAAGCCAGCACAAGGGCGAAACGCGGGACGAAAGGAUCGAGGAGUUUGUGGCCUAUCACAAGCUUCCAGUUCUGGGUCUCCGGGAGGGCACAAGUGUCCGGGUUCAGGGCGAGAAGGCCACGCUCCUGGGGGAUCGGAAUGCCAAGCUAUUCAAGCCGGACGGCGGACCCGAGGAACUUGCCCCUCAAGCGGAUCUCAGCUUUCUGCUGCACAAAUGAUGGUUUAUAGCUUUUAACCGAACCCACAAAAACCGAGAGAAACCUCUAAACUUAUUGUACAUAUGCACAAACAUAAUUUGUAUUAUUCUGCAAUAACAACAAUUCCUACAGAUAAACAGUACACAUACACUAAUUUUAAACUAUGACUAAAUGUAUAAAAAGUGUUUUUGGGACUGCUGGCGAUUGUCCAUGUAUAUUAAAUUUUGUAAUAAAUUAAUCGGAUUUUCCCUUUGUAAUCGUAA